AGAUCAUCGUAUUGAUUCUACAUUACAAACGGCUUCUCUAGCUAGCUUCGUUUACUCUAAAACUUUCACAAAGAACGAUCUCUUCAUUUGUGGCUGACAUUCUUAAGAAGUUGUAAACAUGGGAAGCCUCAAGUUCUUAGGAGCUUCUUUCUUGGUUUUAGUUGUUUUUGACGUUUGUUUAGCAGCUAGGUCACCAAAAGCUCUUGGUAGAGGGUCCGGUUCAGGUUCCGGAUAUGGUUCAGGCUCCGGGGGAGGCAACGGUGGAGGUGGAGGAGGUGGAGGUGGUGGUGGUGGUGGAGGAGGAGGAGGGGGUGGUGGAGGAGAAGGAUCAGGUUCAGGGAGUGGUUACGGGUCAGGGUAUGGGUCCGGUAGUGGUUAUGGAGGAGGAAACAGUGGCGGUGGAGGUGGAGGUGGCGGUAGAGGUGGUGGAGGUGGAGGCGGAAACGGAGGUUCCGGAUACGGAUCAGGUUAUGGAAGCGGCUUUGGAUAUGGAAGUGGUGGUGGUGGAAGAGGCAGCGGAGGUGGUGGCGGAGGGGGUGGUGGAGGAGGAGGAGGUGGUGGUGGUGGUAGCCGCGGAAAUGGAUCCGGCUAUGGAAGUGGAUAUGGUGAAGGGUAUGGAAGCGGAUACGGUGGUGGAGAUAAUAACGGUGACUCACCCUAAAUCAUUCUUAUUGCUUAUUGUUGCAUGAUUCUGAACUUAUGAUAAUAAGGUGUUCAAUGUUUU